AGAUAGGACUGAUGUAGAUUGGUAAAGAAAGUUGUCAGUGAUAACUGAUACGUAGCCAGAGAAACGAGUAUUGGUAUGAGAUCUUGAACAGUGUCUGAAAAUAGUUCAGACCUCUUAUAUAAGGUGGAUACAAGUUGAGCAGUUAUUAUUUGGAAGAGUGCCGAAAAGAGGAAAACAAGUCAGAUUCUGAGACUCAGAGAUUAUGUCAAGGUUGGGAGGGGGAACAAACAAUUUCACUUUCUCAGUGGAGACUGCCUCCAGUUCCAGUAGUUCAGGGUUCGGGGACGGCCAACUGGAGCCCUAUCCUGCUUUAGAGUUGGAACUCCUCCGAGUCAGAUGGUAUCACCCUAAUCUGAACCGUCACGCAGCAGAGCACAUCCUACUGGGAACUGACAAGGUUGGGAGCUACCUGAUGAGGACCUACAGUAGAGGAGGACCUGACGACUUAACUGUUUCUGUCAAGUAUCCCGAGGAUGUAAAACAUUUCCCCGUGUUAUGGCAGGGGGACGGCUACCUAUUCGGAAAACAUAAGUUCGACAAUUUAAGGAAACUUCUGGAACAUUUCGAAAACAUUCCCGCUAUCGGAACUGCAGACUUAGCGAGCACUUCCGGAGGUUAUCAAGUGGAACUGCGCUACCCCUACCCACGGGAGGUGCACACUGACGACAAGGAAACUUACAUGCAGAUCGAAGAGCACAUUGAGACCGGAGCUCGCCCGGUCGACAUUCACUCCCCCACCGGUCAACUCAGAACAAGUGACCCUGACUUUGAGAUAAGGAAAAAGUCAGGGUACCUAACUAAACGUGGAGAUAACGUCAAGAACUGGAAGAGCAGGUGGUUUGUGAUACAGAAGCACUGGUUACGGUACUAUGUUUCCAACGAGGCCACCAACCCUCGGGGUGUUAUUGACCUAUCUAAAGCUCUGGAUUGUAACGAGGACGAUUCUUUUAGCAACGGGUUCACGAUUACAGUCCGAAAAAGAAUAUACUACAUCCAGGCCGCCACACCAGAAGAUCGAAAAGCUUGGGUUGAAAUGAUUUGCUGGAAACUGGACUACUACAAUCCUUGUCGUUCAGAAGUUGAGAAACCGAAACCACUUACUUCCCCGAAAGGGAGAUGAUGAUAGACACUGAAAAGUUGCUUAAAAGACGACAAAGCUCCUGAUAUUGAUUAUUAUUAAGAUGGUCAGAUAAUUUAUCAGUAGUUAACUUUAAACUUAUACGAGUGAUCUGAGACUGUACUUGAAAUCACAGUGCCGGCAAGCACUGCUUUCCCACGACAGUUAAAUGACAUACAUAUGUAAUAUGUAUAUGGAUGUAAUACCAAUUUAAAUGAGUAUAGAGUGGCAUAUUCAUUAUUCAGUCAGUGAUCGAGAGAUAUGCUUACUAAAACACACGGAAAUAUUUUAAAAGGUAAAAUUUCCAAAUCGUUGAAAUUACCUCCUUGUUCGAUAUAUUUCUCAGUUUUACAUUUUGACCUUGUGAAUUAUAGGACAGUGACAUUAACCAUAUUUGUAAAGAGAUGACAUUUUUACUAAAACCCAAAAUUGGGCAGAGUGGACCGUAAAUUUUCCCAUUCAUGAUCAUCCUCAAUUGAUGAUAUUUGAUAUUGG